AUGAGUGCAAAUGAAGACCCAGAUCAGCCAGGAGGCGAAGAAGAGGAGGAACUAAUGGAUCCAAAUCCAGAAGAAGAGGAAGGUGAUCUUUUUUUAGGUGAAGAAGAAGAUGAUGAGGAAGAAGAAGAAAUUCAAGAGCUUCCUCCAGAUCAUCCACUCUUUGCAACAUUGCAAGACAAGAUGAAAGAUCAACUUCAAAGACAAUACGAUGCAAUUGAAGUCGAAAUUAGAGAUAAACAAGCUUUGAAAAAUCAGUUAUCUGAAAACCGUGAACAAGUUGGUGUCGAAUUGUAUACAAUACAGCAAACUCUUGUAAAACUUCAAGCGCGUUUAACAGAAGCUAAUGAAAGGAGACAACAAUACGAACAAGAACGCUUAGAAAAAGAGGCAGAACUGAAAGAAGCAAGGCAAACAUUAGCAGAUCGUGAAGCAGAACUUAAAGAGCGUACUACAGAAUACGAAAACCAAAGAAAAGAACUUGAUAGAUUAAAUGAAAAUGUUUUACUUCUCGAACAGCAUAACCAAGAGAUCCUUAACAAUGUGGCAGUCACCCGUCGUGAAACAUACAAGUCAGAACAAGCUGCAUCAGAGACAGAAAUUGCUAAAAAAGAGCAAGAUUUAUACAUCGACAGAUUAACACAGCAAGUACAAAACAUCGGUAAAGGACUCUCAGAAAUUGAAGCACAAGUACUUGCACAGCGUGCUGAAACGAAAACAGCUCGAGAUGCUUUACUUCAAGCUUCCCUUGAAAUGGAAAAGAUUACUUUCGAGAGAAACCACUUGAUCCAAGAGUGGAAUUCUUCUCUUGUUAACGUCAAACGCCGCGCAGAAACGCUUGCAAGCAUCGAAGCUGCAUCUGCAAAACAAGAAGAAGAAAUCAGAGCUUUGCAGAAUGAAUACAACGGAAUUAAGAAGCAGAUUGCCGAUCAAGAAGAAAUUGCUGAGCGUAAUACUGGUCUUUACUCAAAAAUCAGAAAUCGGAUUCAAUAUCUUGAUGGAAAGAUCAAAGAAACAGAACAGCAGCGUGGCAAAUUGCAAGAUACACUUGACCAGUUAACAACUCUUACCAGAGAAAAAGAAAAACUCCUAUCAAAAUUACAGAUCGAGCGUAACCAAGCAAACAGCGAAUACAAGAACUCUGCAAAGGGUACUAUUGAAAUUAGUAACCAAAUCCAUGAGCUUGAAGAUAAAAUCAUCGCUCACGUAACUGAACAAACAAACAUGAAACGUGACACAAUUGCAGCUCAAAAUGAAGUCCAAAAAGUACGUGACCAGAUUGAAGAAAAGGACAGAGAGUUGAGCCAAUUGCAGAAUGAAGCCAUGAAGCUCAAAAUCGAUAGAUUAAACAUCACAGGACAAUGUGCAAAAUUCGAACGCGGUUUGCAAGAGAUUGUUGAGGAAUUAAAGCAAAAGGAUGCUCUUAUUAACCAAUAUGAGCUCCAAAUCCGUAAGAACAACGUCAACAUUGAGAAAUUGCAAAGUGAAGUUGACAAAUUAAACAGAAAGUAUGAAGAAUUGACAUCUGCUCAAAAUGGUGAAGAAUAUGGUCCAUUAGAACGCAAGAUCCGUGUUUUAGAAUCCAAGAUUCAACAAUCAGAUGAAACCGCCCAAGAAAACCAAGCACAAUGGCUUAAGAAACAGACAGAACUUGUUGCUUUGACACACCAGUGCGAAGAUAGUGAAGAAACAUGCAACACUUUGCAUGCUCAUAUUGCAGUUUUAAGCAGAAAGAGAGAUAGAACGAGAAACAACUUAGAAGCAACAGAGAAAGAGAUAGAGAACUUGAACAUCCAAAUCAGACUCCUCCAAAGAGAGAUGUCAAGGUUAGGAGAGAAACUUAGCAGCGGUGCAGGCCAAGGCGAUAUUUUGAUUGAAGGAAACAUCAAUUUCGAAGCAGAUAUCUUAGAACAAUUAAGGAAGAAAGAAGAAGAAUCUGCAGCCUUGGAGACAAAGAUCGAAGAGCUUCAUAACUUCAGAAGCCAAUGCGCUGAUGAUUUAAUGGAAACAGAAAAAGAUAUCAUGCUUUGGGAGAAGAAAUUGCAGCUUGCAAGAGAAAUGAGAGAAGCUUUAGAUCCAAAUUAUGGUGCAAGCGAACUGAAAUCAAUGAAGAAAGAAGUUACAAGAAUGGAAUUGAGAUUGAAACAGAUCAAGAAGCAACAACAAACAAUUGUUCAAGAAAUGGAAUUCGCUUUAAGAAGAAGAGAAACAAUUGCUACAAGAGGAGCUGUUAAGCAAAGAUUGAACCAGGAUAAGACACAUUCAGAUGUAACUAAAGGUAUCACAGAGCUUAGAAGGCAAAUCAAAGCUUUGCAACAAGAGCACCAACAGAUAGAGAAUGAAAUCAAAGAACAUGAUGAUGCACAACAAGAACAAUCCGCUGAAAUAGAACAAUUAGAUUUGAUAUCAAGAGAAUUGCAAGUUCAAAAACAAACGAUUGAACAGCAACUCAAAGAAGAAGAGAAACAGAAGAAUAUUGCACACGCUAAACUAGAAAAAUUGCAACAGAAAGCAAGAAUGUAUAAAGAAAAGAACCCUAGAUUGAUUAUUAAGAAGCCAGAGAAUUAUGAUAGCCAAUACCAAACUCUUAAGGCUCAGCAGGAUCAACUAGGUGAUAUUAUUAAUAUGUUAAUUGCUGAUCAUCCACACUUAGAAAGUAGCUUAGGAGCAAUUAAGGAGAAAUACGGAAUGGAACAACAAUAA